CAAAUACUAUUCAUGACCACUUUUGAUAAAUCUUGGUAUCCCCCACAUGUGAUCGUGAAUGUCUGACCGAUCCGCAGUGAACAAUAUGGGAUCUGCAUGCUGCUCGUGAUUGUCUAUGAAAAAUGUUAGAUGCAAGUUAUUUCAGAGGGAAAAAAGUUUUAUUGCUUUCGAGGGGUUCAUGGAGAGAACAAGCAGUUGCAGUUCUGCAGUUAGUAGGCUUUCAAUAAGUCAAAAGGUAGAUGAUGAUGCUGAGAGUGAGUGUGUUUCAGAAGCAGGAGAUAUUGGGGAUCGAGUUCUUCAUGGCCCAAGGCACAGUGACAGCUCUUCCGAAAAUGGAGGUGUUUACAUUCCUGGGGAUCAUGAAUUGCAUCAAUAUCCAGCAGCAUUGAAUUAUGUCUCCUCUGUAAAGUCAUUAGAACCGAUCCAGACCCCUGUUUCUACUAAUGGAAAAGUUCUUUCUGAAGACAAAAAACAAUUGCAGGAACUUGACAACAAGAAGUUACCUAAGCUACUGGAAUAUGUUUCAUGUCUAACUCAUUUAGCUGUUUUUGGAAUUCUUGGGGUCUUAACAAGAUACUUACUGGGAAAGUUAUUUGGACCGGGGGUUGCUGGUGUGACUAGUGAUCAGACCAUUCUUUACCCUGACUUGCCUUCUAAUAUGGUUGGUUCCUUUUUGAUGGGAUGGUUUGGUGUUGUAUUUAAAGGAGAUAUAUCCCGUGUAUCUGAGCAUCUAGCCAUUGCACUAACAACUGGCUACUUAGGGAGCCUAACAACUUUCAGUGGUUGGAAUCAGAAAAUGCUUGAGCUCAGUGUUGAUGGACACUGGCUCUUUUCUGUCCUUGGCUUUCUAAUUGGCUUGUCUCUUGUCGCUUUUUCGAUCAUCUUUGGGGUAGAGACGGCCAAGGGUUUCAAAUGGCUUCUCAGCAGGCUAAACAUGAAACCUAGAAGUGGCACUUGUAUCUCUAAGGUGGACAGCUUUCAACGUCAAUUGGUAGUUACCAUAGUGUUAUUGGUGAUUUUAGGUUUGUUGUGGGGUGUCAUUGGUGCAUUGGAAAAGGAUGAGUUCAAACAUGGUGGUAAUGCAGCUCAGUUAUGGUUUGCUUGCAUGGUUGGACCUCUAGGUGUGUGGAUUAGGUGGUUCUUAGCUCGACUCAAUGGGCGUGGAAUAGGAGCAGGGUUGUUCAAAUGGCUUCCAUUUGGGACUCUAAUUGCCAAUGUUUCUGCUGCUUGUGUCAUGGCUGCAUUAGCUACCAUGAAGAAAUCAGUGAAUACCACAAAUUGUGAUACAGUUGUAACAGGAAUUCAAUUUGGUCUUUUGGGCUGUCUGAGUACUGUCUCUACAUUUGUUGCUGAGUUUAAUGCAAUGAGAGAAAGCAUGCAUCCUUGGAGAGCAUAUGCCUAUGCUAUGAUUACAAUAUGCCUUUCAUUCUGUUUGGGGAUCUUAAUAUACUGCAUUCCUGUUUGGAGAAUGUAA